AUGGCAUUUCUUUUCAAAUCGAAGAAGCAUCAGGAUCGAGGGCUCACGAGCCGCGAUGGACAACAGGGCUCAGGGUCGUCCGCAGGGAGCGCGGCGGCGCGUAUGAGAGCAGAGAAGGGCUCUCGAUCUACACCUACCGGCAGUCUCCAUUCUCUCGACAAUGACGGCAGUAUGGGCAGCCCCGAGCAAUUCGCCCGCCAAAGAGGCCAGAGUCUCGACCAACAACCUCAGAGCUCUCCCCAAACCCUUCAACAACAUCCAAACGAACAACAACCCCUUCGCAAUGGCGCGGCCUCACAACCGGGGACAAACCCGAACGCUUCGCUGUACCCUUGGUCGCAGCGGAGGUUAACAUACACAUCGUCGCAUCCAAGUCCAUUCCCGAGAUAUGGCGCCGCAGUCAAUUCCGUCUCGUCCAAGGAGGGCGACAUCUAUGUAAUGGGUGGUCUCAUCAACAGCUCUACCGUUAAAGGCGACUUAUGGCUGGUCGAGACCAACUCCAAUAUGUCCUGCUAUCCGCUUGCGACCACCGCCGAGGGGCCAGGCCCGAGGGUCGGACAUUCGAGCUUGUUAGUAGGCAAUGCAUUCAUUGUGUUUGGCGGAGACACAAAGAUCGAGGAAACCGAUGUCCUCGAUGAGACUCUCUACCUUUUAAAUACAUGCUCAAAGAUAUACGUCUUUGGUGGCCAAGUGGAGGGUUACUUCAUGAACGACCUUGCGGCCUUUGACUUGAACCAGCUGCAAAUGCCCAAUAAUCGCUGGGAGAUGCUCAUCGCCGGUAGUGACAGCGGUGCCCCGCCCCAAGGGAAGCUACCACCAGCGAGGACGAACCACACUGUCGUGACGUACAACGACAAAUUAUACCUGUUUGGCGGCACCAAUGGGUUUAAGUGGUUUAACGAUGUAUGGUGUUACGACCCCAUGACCAAUCUCUGGUCGCAGCUGGAUUGUAUUGGCUAUAUUCCUUCACCGCGGGAAGGCCAUGCUGCAGCCAUUGUCGAUGAUGUCAUGUACAUUUUCGGAGGCCGCACGGAGGAAGGGGCAGACCUCGGAGAUUUGGCGGCGUUUAGGAUCAGCUCCCUCCGCUGGUACACCUUCCAGAACAUGGGCCCGUCGCCCUCACCGCGAUCCGGGCAUAGCAUGACCGCGGUUGGAAAGACGGUUGUGGUUUUGGGAGGAGAGCCGAGCUCCACCUCCAUCACCGUUAAUGACUUGGCGAUUGUGUACUGUUUGGAUACGACUAAGAUCCGCUAUCCGAAUGACGCAGCCGCAAACCGAGAUGCUCCAAAGAACAGGCGCCCCAGCGAUGUCACGGCUCAAAAUACCGCACGAAAUGCGCCAUCACGCGAGGGCUCGAACGGCCCCCCGGAUCCCAGCAGAUCCAACGGCCCGCCUAAUGGCCCUUCCAGGCUUCCCAGGUCUAUGGGGCCAGGAGGACCUGCCGGCCCACCACCCCAGGGGCAAGCUCCGAAACCAGGGCUCAGCGCCGCCCCUCCACCCCGGCCACGGACCUCCUCUCUAGAACGCCCAGAUGAGACUCACACCUCCCCCGUGACAUCCCCUAUCCCACAAGGAGUUGCGUCGCUCCGGGAGGCUGAAAGUUCUGCCGCCGCAAAUGGGAGGCGUACACCUCCAACUCAGGCCGCCGAUGCACCAAGGACGAAACCCUCUAAACAGGGGCGAAGUCAAGGUUCCGCUGACAGCUCAACCGAGCCAGCUCUGAAACAGGUUGUACCUCGCCCAGCCUCCCCUCCGCCGCCAACUCGGCAGCCUAGCAACCCCCUGGGUAGGAGAUCCUCGGCGAGGAGUUCCCAAUCUGUCGCUCUUCUCAAAGAGCUCGACUCUGCUAGAAAUCGGAAUGCCUGGUAUGCGUCGGAACUCGAGCUGGCCCGUAGAGCUGGCUACACCCCCAAUACAUCACUAAGCCCGGUACUCGACAACCGCACCAUGGAAACUUUCGAUGACGAGGAUAAGCCGCUUGUGGAAGCGCUGCUUGCUAUGCGGACGGAACUUGCCAAUGUCCAGGCAUCCGUCGACAAACAGGCAGUUUUUGCGGCCAAGCGAGUCGCCGAAGCCGAGAAACAACGGGAUGCCGCUAUCCAGGAGGCAAUCUACGCUAAGGCCAAGUUGGUAGCACGUGUAGGGGGAAGUGCGAGUAGCACGCCGCAACUCGAUAAUGGGGAGGAUGACGACCGUUCCAGCGAAAUUGGCAGGAAGCUUGCCUACGCGCUCAACAGUCAGAAAGAACUCCAGGACCAGCUAGAUCGCCUCAGCAUCGAGUACGAAUCGGAGAGGAAGGCGCGGAAACUCGCAGACGAAACGGCCAAUGCAGCGCACAAGAGGAUGACGGAUCUUGAAACAUACAAGCAGCAAAACGCUUCCGAACUCGAGCGACUCAAGGCUGAGCUACACAUGACUCAGAAGGAGGCCCGGGAGAAGUCGGUCGCCGCCGUGGAAGCCGUGGCUGCCGCGGAAAUGCUCCGCGCCGAAAAGGCCGAGUUCGAGCAGAAGUACACCGAGGCCACAGGGAGCUCCAAGGAACAUUCGGAGACCUUCGCUAGUUUGCGUGGUGCGGUGGCCGCCUCCGCCGAGACGAAAGCUCUACUGGAGCGCAAACUUGACGAGGAACGGGCUCUCAGGGAAACCAUCGAGUCAAAACUCAAUAAGUUGAAGGCCGAGUACGAGGCACGGACCGCCGAGCUUGUCGCCGCGACGCAACGCCUACGGGACACCGAAGAGCUGGCUGAGCAGCACGCCAACGAGGCACGACUGCAUCGUGAAGCCGUGAUGGCCGGCCUGGAGAAAAUGACGAUGAAGGAUGCUCCCAACUCGGACACUGGCUCCGUCGAACGGAUUCGUGCUCUCCAGGGGCAGGUAGACGCAGCCAAUGCUUUGGUCAAAAAGUACCAGCACGAAGCGGAUACUGCGGCAGACAAACUCCGAGGCGCGGAGGAGCGCAUUGCUGGACUUGAAGCAUACCAAGAACAGGCCAGCCGCGAGGGUGUAUCGAUCCGUCGGCAGCUGCAGAACGCUCUAAGGGAAACGCAAUCUCUGCAGGCAGGAAACUCGGAUCUUAAGCAGCAACUGUCAAAGCAGCAGGUUGAGAGCAAUGCCAUGCUUGUCCAGUACAAUGCUUUGAAGGAUAUCCUCGGCGAGCGGGGAAUUUCACCCACCGUGGCUAUGCGGUCGCGCAGCAGCCCGCGAAGCAGUCCCCGCGAAGGAUCGCCCGAGCAGAUGCGCCUGCGUGAGCUCGAACAGCGGCUUACCACAGCGCAGGCGGCGCUUGAGGAGGCGAAACAGCAAGCCGCGGCCCAGGCGCAAGUAUCAGAAUCGACGUACCGUAACAAGCUCGCACAGCUCGACAACGAUUACCAGUCGGCCGUGCAGUAUGUCAAGGGUACCGAGAAUAUGCUCCAGCAGCUUAAGGAGCAAAGCACGCGUUAUAAAAACGAGAACCUCGAGCUGAAGAAGCAGCUAAUUAACUUGGAAGAGGCGCUCGGCGCUGAUGGUCGCCGUCUGGAAACCUUCCAGCGCGACCUGGAGCAACUCCAACAAGAAAACGCCCUUCUCGAACGGCGCGCCCAGGAUGCUGAGCAAAAGGUCAGCACUCUCCUCGACCAGGUAGAGCUCUCGGUGGACAACUACCGCCGCCGGAGCAGGCAGGUCCCCAGCCUGAACUCGGAGUCCAUCGGCAUGGCCACCUCCAGCACAGCCAACGGUGGCGGCAACGGCAACGGGAACCACCACCGCAUACCAGGCCACCUGCGCCAGGAGUCCACCGCCAGCGAGGCCGAGAGCCUCUACGACCCCUCCGCCCCGGCCCACGGCACUACCACCACCGCCGGCGGCAGCGGGCUGGGCGAGGCGCGGAACAGCGCGGCGCUGGACAGUCUGGCCAACGAGCUGGAGACGCUGCGCAGUCACUGGGAGACGACCAACAAGAACUACCGGCUCAGCAACGCGUUCGACAUAGACGCCCACCCGGUCGCGACGGGCGCGGGCGCGUCGUCCCGGAAGGAUGACGGUGCCGGUGCCGGUGCUGGUCUGGGUUUGAGCGAGAGCCUCGCCGACUGGAGAAAGAGGCUGGAUGAGGGCCACCCAGAUGCUCCCGGUGGUGCGAAGUGA